CUCACUCAUACUCUUUCUCUCUCUAAAUGACUAAUUACAGAAUGGAUGCAGAAGAAGAAGCUCUGUUUCGGUCAUACCCUUAUGCACUCUACUUCGUGCAGAGCCCAUCAACCGCCUCUCGGGCCAACAGUUCUCCCAUUCGAUCCGAGAACUUCAACAUCAACAACCCAACAAUCAACACAAGCCAAGAAGUCAGGAGGUUCACUCUCUCCCAUUACUCCUCCUCUCGCGGCUCCAACAAUUCCUCCUUCUUGCAGGAGAAAAAGAUCAUUGCGUAUGACCUUCAGAGCCACGGGACAGCUGCUGGGACCGAGAAUGGCGAGAACCGUCUGAUUAGGAUCUCUGAUGACCAUGAUCACGGGGUUGAUCAUGAUGAGGAUUAUGAUGAUGAUGAGGAGGAGGAGGAGGAUUAUAAAAAAAGUGGGUGGUGGAGAUAUUUGAGUUUUAGGGGUUCUUCUUCAGUUGGGUGGAUAUGUCUGCAGAUAAGUUGGAGGGUUAUAUUGAGUUUGGCUGUUGCAUUGCUUGUUUUCUACAUUGCUACUAAGCCUCCACCUCCCAAGAUAUCUAUUAAGAUGGCAGGAAUUGGGCAAUUUGGACUAGGAGAGGGAGUGGAUGGGUCUGGUGUUACAACAAAAAUUCUGACCUGCAAUUGUUCCAUGAAUCUAGUGAUAGACAACAAGUCUAAGCUCUUCGGCCUUCACAUUAAUCCUCCACUCAUGGAAUUGUCCUUUGCCAAACUCCCUUUUGCAAUUUCAUAUGGUCCAAAAUUAUACGCAUACAACGACGGUUUAACAAUGUUUAAACUAUACGUUGGAACGAGGAACAAGCCGAUGUAUGGUGCAGGCAGGACCAUGCAGGACAUGCUCGAGUCGGGUGAGGGAUUGCCAUUAAAGAUUCGCGUAAGCUUGAGAUCGAAUUUUCGGGUGGUUUGGAACCUUAUUAAGCCUAAAUUCAAGCAUCAAGCUGAGUGUUCAUUAGUCCUGCAUAGUUCAUAUGGUAAGAAACAUAGUAGAAACCAGGCUUUUAAUAGCAGCUGUGUAAUAAAUGCUUAAUCUUGAGUAUUGUUUAUCUUGAUAUAUACAGAAAAAUUAAGUACAAGUGAGAGUUUGUGGCAAAUCUGAAUUAAUAUAAGUAAAUCUUUGUCACAUUUCAGACCCCGUGAUUUCAAAUCCCUUAGUUUACUUAGUAAAUUUCUUUGA